GGGAAGCUUGCCCGCGGGUAUAUGCUUUGGUCAGAGUUGGAGACCGUCGCAGGAGGGCUUUGGGGUGGUUUCGUCUGUCGAUGAGAUAUUGUUCUGAUAUAAGCACCCAGCAGAGAGGCGUCAUUGCUGAUUGUCCGCGUCUUGAGAGAGUGAGUCGACCAGAGCGAAAGACCUACAUAGCAACCAUAUCGAGUCCCCAGGAUUAAUACACCACCACCACCACCACCACCACCAUGCCGUCCACCAUCAUCCCGGCGUCCCGCAACGCCUCGGCCUCGAGCAGACAAGCCAGCGGCACCUUCACGGGCACCGUGUGGAUGGACCCGAUCCACAGCGACGCGGGGCCCAACAUCAACAUCAACCACGUCAUGUUCACCCCGGGGGCGCGCACCUACUGGCACACGCACGAAAAGGGCCAGCUGCUGCGCGUGCUGGCGGGCGCCGGCUGGGUGUGCGACAAGGGCGGCGAGCCGCGUCGGCUGGGCGUCGGCGACACCGUCUGGUGCGACCCGGGCACCACGCACUGGCACGGCGGCGACGACGGGAGCUUCAUGCUGCACCUCGCCGUCAGCCACGGGAAGACCGUGUGGCACGACGAGGUCACCGAGCAGGAGUACCAGGCCAAGAAGAAGUGA